CAACCUGGCGUCCCCUCCCCUCGUUUGCCGCUCCGCUUUCCUCCCCCUGCUGCCUCGCUCGCCGCCGCCUCCCUCCUCUUCUCGCCACCGCCGCCGCCGCCGCCUCCCUCCCCUGCUCGCCGCCGCCUCCUUACCUUGCUUCCCAUGGACGAGAUCCGCACCCCUCCCCCGCUCUGCACCUCCCUCCCUGCUACCUUUGAAAGCAGAUGAGAUCCCCGACAGGGCACAAGAGCACGCACAUGAACUCGGAUUAUGAUAUUGCCUCAGUCUCCGGAGUGUGCGCCAUGAACUCGGAUCUGCUACACAUGCCCAGAAUGUUCGUGCUCUCCAUCGUCUCCUGCCAUUCUUUCCUCUUCCCCAAAGCCCCAAGCCUCCAACCGUGCCUCGCCCUAGUGCUGCCGCCGUGCCGUAGCCUAGCGUCAUCGCCGACGCCUCUCACGCGCUUCGCCGCCGUCACCAUUCCCGAUCUAUCUCAUCCCGUCCCUGCUGUGUGUCUGCGUCCCUUCCGCAGUUUGGGACAUUGCUUGUUGACUUUUAAGCUCGGCCAUGUGUUUGCCGGACAUGAAGACUCCGGCUGGGGCUGGCGGAAUCCGGUGGUGGCUCUCCACCGUAGUGGUGUUGACGCUGGCGCUGGUGAUGGCUCUAGUGGUGAUAUCUCUGUCAGUGGACUCGUCUUUGCCUGGGGCAUCCUUACAUGAAUGUCUCACUUUCAGAGCUAAACACCCAAUGGGGAAUGAUAGUGCCAUUGGCGUUCCAUUACCAGGGGAAGAUUUGCAGAGUGGCAAGCAAUCCUUGGCUGAGCACUGUGCUCAAAGUGGUACCCUGAAUUCAAGUGUGGCAUCUUUGAAUACUAGAGAAGUUGAUCACAUAGUACCGGAUCCAGCCGAUGUUGGUAACAAAGUACCGGAUCCAGUUAGUACUGAUAGUACUAUGCGCAAACUCGAUGAGGCAACCACCCCUGACUUCUUGGAUUCAUCAAAUGAGUUUCAAAGGGCCGAUCAAGGUACCUGUGAUCUGAACCGUGGGGGGUGGGUUUUUGAUUCUUCUGGGCCAUUGUACACAAACAACUCUUGCCCCUUGAUCACAAAGACGCAAAAUUGCCAGGGCAACGGGAGACCGGACAGGGGUUAUGAGAGUUGGAGAUGGAAGCCUGAACAGUGCAUCCUCCCACGCUUUGAUGCAAAAAAGUUCCUGGAGUUGAUGAGAGGCAAGACACUUGCCUUUGUCGGGGAUUCAGUUGCUCGAAAUCAGAUGGAGUCCCUUCUUUGCAUUCUGUGGCAGGUAGAAACCCCACUAAACCAGGGCAACCUUAAGAUGAGCAGGUGGGUCUUUGGGUCAACCUCAACGACUAUCAUUCGCAUCUGGUCGUCUUGGUUGGUACACACAUCAAGUGAAGCUGUAGGGUUUGCUCCUAAGGGUCUUGAUAAGAUUUUCCUGGAUAUAGCAGACGAGACAUUCAUGGAAUUCGUCCCAACUUUUGAUGUGCUUGUCCUCUCCUCUGGACACUGGUUUACCAAACGAUCAGCUUAUAUCCUGGAUGGCAAAGUUGUUGGAGGGCAGAGCUGGUGGCCUCGUCAAGCUGGAAAAAUGCAGAUCAACAACAUUGACGCUUUUGGUGUCUCUGUUGAGACUUGCCUGACUGCUGUGGCAACUAACCCAAAUUUCACAGGUAUAGCUGUUCUACGCACAUACUCACCAGAUCAUUAUGAAACCAGGUCAUGGAACACUGGUGGAUCAUGCACCGGGAAGGUUAAGCCCUUGGAUCAGGUGGUGAGGAAUAGCUUCACGGAUAAAAUGUAUGGAGAGCAAAUUACAGGCUUCAGAAAGGCAGUGCGGAAUUCUGGGAAACAUAGUUCCAAAUUGAGACUGAUGGACAUCACUGAACCCUUUUCUUUGAGAGUUGAUGGGCAUCCUGGCCCAUACACAACUCCUGACCUACACAAGAAUACUCAAAGAGGGCCAGAUGGGAAGCCUCCACCUCAGGAUUGUCUACAUUGGUGCAUGCCUGGACCUGUAGAUACAUGGAACGAGAUGUUGUUUGAGACUAUACAAAGCGACCUCAAGCGAGAUAGAAGCUGAAGAAAAGGCACACUAUGUUCUGCAAUGCUGGUAAAGUGGUACCAUCGUCCUGCUGGCGUGUGACGGCACUGAGGGACCAGCUGUGGAACGCCAAGGUCAAGCACUUGUUUAAGUAGAUUAGCAUGAGCAUUUUUCUUGCUCUUUGGGGUACCCUGUUAUUAAAAUGGUGUCGAAUGGAGGCUCCACACACAUGGCUGCUCUGAGAGUCUAGAAAUUCCCAUAUUAAUUGAAAAAUACAUAUGAGAAAACUAGAGCGAUUAUUUUAGUGGUGCAGAUUAAUCAUGCAUACCAUGUUAUGAGUUACUCUGUUACUGUUAUAUAAGACAUGUAAUUAUCAAAUGAUAACUUCAUAUACACCUUUCUAGAAGAGAAAAAAAAAAGAGAGAGCUGUAUAUGUACCUUCGAAUAUGUACAUGUACUAUCCAGCAGCAACGGCUACUUGCGAAAAAUCCUGUUGUUAAUUAGUUGGCACCAAGCGGACGUGUUAAGUGUAUAAAAUUUCCAUGGAUAUGUCAACUGUGAUUUUUAGAUGAACUGUGAUGUAAAUAUAGGCAAGAUUAGCUUA